AUGAAACCAAUCAUUGCACUCGAUUGUGAUGGUGUUCUUUUGGAUGAUCAUGCAACUUUUGCUCAAGUCUACGAAAAAGCAUUUGGAAAACAACUGACUGUUGUCUCACCUAAAUCCUUUCGUGUAAGUUCACACUUAGCUUUCUACUCGAUAACUUCGAGUUUUCGAUUAACAGGCUGCCGAUAUGUACGGUGUAAAAUUUACAUCUGAAGAAGAGAAUCAUUUCUAUGCUGUGUGGGACGCCGAAGCAUGGCGGACAAUGCCUAUGCUUGAUGGAUCUCUUGACGCUUGUCAUCUAUUACAUCAAGCAGGCUAUGCGCUUGUCUGUGUCACGGCGAUGUCUCCUCGGUUUACUGAGCACCGUUUAGAUAACUUUCGCUCACAUGGAUUUCCGAUUGAUCGAGUGGUCAGUACGGGUUAUAAUGGCGAAAAUCUGGGUAACAAUCCGAAGAAACAAGCAAUUGAGGAAUUACAUCCGGUGGUGUUUGUCGAUGAUUCGAAACGGAAUUUCAAAGAUAUUCAGGGUGUGCACACCCGAUUUGUCUUUAUUGAUAAAUAUCAUGAUGAUCCGAAUCAACAUGAGAACAUUUAUUACGAUGUAAAAUAUCCGAGUCUUUUGGCUUUCGUGCAUGAUUUCCUCAAAACUGAACAUGGGAAAGAAAUUAUCUGGGCAGAAAGACCUGCGUCUCUUCUUCCAUCUGUUAGAUGCUUAACUGCUAUUUUUUACUAUUUCAUAAAGACGAGUGUGUUUGAUUUUGGUUGAGUAUAAAUACUGUUGUUUAGUUUGUGCAAAGAUAUCGACAUAUUUAAUUAAUGACCGAAGAUUAAAUAGAUGAGCUCAUAUUGUUUUAUGUCAGAAGAGUGGUAUAGAUUUCGUUGUUGAGCAUAGACUGAUGAAAGUGAACACUACUUGAAUUGCAUCCAAUCAAAAUAUUUCUUAGUUGAAUGAUCGGCAAAAACGAUACAUUGUUGACACAUGUUGAUACAAGACAGCGCAUCGAUGGUGAUCAUAUAGACCAUCAUAUCUCUACUACAACUAAACAGACGAAGUGCAUGCUACUCAGAAUACUUGAUGUAAUGCCUUUCGCCACAAUUGAAUCAUUUGAAGUCAAAGAUGUAGCACCAAUAUAUCUAUGAUAAAAAUAGAAAUAAUUAUCAGCUCAGUAAAUAUUUUGUCAAAUAUACUUUUGGGCCAUAUAAUUCAUUUGCAGUUUUUUUAUGUUCAACUAAUUUUUGUUUCUAAUUCCACACAAUUAUAUUAGCUGAUGUUAAUGUGAUGGGUAAUCUCAUGGCACCACCUGGAAUUUGUCAAUAAUAUUUGUUAUUACAGAUAAAAACGUUCUCAGUAAGAACAAUACAAGCUAAACUUUCAAUCGCAUCGAUUGUCAUGCCUUUUACAAUUGAAUGAUGAUACUUAACCCAUUCACCACGAUUCAGUUUUCUUAGAAACUUCUUCGAAAUAUUCAUUUUUGUGAAGAAUUAACUUCUAACAAAUGCACUUAGUGACCUUUUUGAUUAUCUCCCGCUGCUUGUUCAUUGUUCUCUUCUUUGUAUCAUCACAUAAUGAGUCAUUUUUUGCGAUCAUAUGAAAAAUCCCUUAAGUUAUCUGUGCGUUCUUUCACAUCUUACGGGCAGCACAUAUAAGAUAAGAGAACGAAACUUCCAGAUUUUUCUUCUUUGUUCUUGUCUCUAUUCUUGUAUGUAUAAAAGCGGCUAAAAUUUCGAAAUAUUUCAUAUGUCGUUCGAAGAAAUCGAUACAGAAGAAAGCACUAGCUCACUAAGUGAAGUGAGCUCUUUGGAUAAUGAUUUGGAUAGCAUGCCUUUGGAAUCUGGAAGUUCCGUCGAAGAAAUGUCGGAUGACGAGAUGGAUUCAAAUAGCUGGAAUGAAAUAAAAUCAGAAUCAGAUGCUGAAUUUAUGGAGGGGCAUGGACUCGACGAAGACGUAACUUCUCUCACGGAAGAUAAUGCAAUCGAUCCCAUUGACUGCUAUCGGCAUUUCAUCACGGACGAAAUUAUCGAUCUUAUGGUUCGUGAAACUAAUCGAUAUGCGGAUCAAUACUUUCAAACUCAUGAGAUCACCAGUCGGUCCAAAUUUCGUCAAUGGAAACCAACCACUGAUCAAGAGAUGCUCAAAUUCCUUGGAAUCAUUAUCCAGAUGGGGUUGGUACAAAUGCCGAAACUGAGCCACUACUGGAGUAGCAGCCAGUUGUACGGAUCGAAGAUCAUUCGAAAUUCUAUGUCGAGAGAGAGGUUCGAAUUGCUCCUCAAGUUUUGGCAUUUUUCGAACAACGACAACAAAAAUUCGAACCAAGACAGGCUGUUCAAGUUGAAACCGCUCUUGGAUUUAUUGAGAGCCAGAUUUUCAUCAGUGUAUAUACCUCAAGGGGGAAAACACGUACUCCCGUACUCCCAUACUCCCGUACUCCCAUCGUACUCCCGUACUCCCAUCGUACUCCCGUACUCCCAUCGUACUCCCGUACUCCCAUCGUACUCCCUGUACCCCCGGAGCCCAAGGAGUAC